UGUCUUCUUCUCUCUCAUUUGAAGAGGGAGCACGACCCCCAUGGAGAAGAUGAAGCCGUGAACUCCAUGCUUGCUCCUAUCCCUCGAUUCUUCGUCGUUUAGUUAAUCCGAUCGCGAAUUCUCCGAUAAUUCAAGUACAGAUAGUGAGAUAGAGAUGAAAUGAAUGAAGUCAGCACACCUGACUCAACUAACUUACACUUUUAGCAUUGAGAAAAGCUGGGAAUUUGUUUCUCCAUUCUUCACAUCUGCACUUCAAACACCUCAACUCUACUAUGGAAUCCCAGGACAAGGUUCAUUCAUCAUCAGCUCCCAAGCUAGUGCUCUACUCCUAUUGGCAGAGCUCUUGUUCUUGGCGCGUUCGAUUUGCUUUGAAUCUUAAAGGACUUUCUUAUGAGUACAGGGCUGUUAAUCUUGAUAAAGGAGACCACUUCACUCCAGAGUUUGAGAAAUUAAAUCCCCUUCACUAUGUCCCAGUCUUGGUUGAUGGAGAUGUAGUUAUUUCAGACUCAUAUGCGAUUAUACUGCAUUUGGAACAAAACUAUCCUCAAAAUCCUUUGUUGCCAUCUGAUCCUCAACUUCGAGCAAUCAAUCUUCAGGCUGCAAGCAUUGUGUCAUCCAGUAUACAGCCUCUUCACAUGAUGGCGAUCUUGAAGUAUUUCGAGGAAAAGUUUGGGCCUAAAGAGCGAGAAGCUUGGGUGCAGAUCCAUCUAGAGAAAGGCUUCUCUGCCCUCGAGAAGCUGCUGAAAGACCGCGCUGGCACGUAUUCUACAGGAGACACGGCUUAUAUGGCAGAUGUGUUCUUGGCUCCUCAAAUCGCAGUUGCUGCAAACAGAUUCAAUGUUGAUAUGUCAAAAUUCCCAACUUUGGAUGCAAUAUAUAAGUCCUGCAUUGCAUUGCCGGAGUUUGAGGCUUCUUUGCCGGAGAGACAACCUGAUGCUGUGCCAUAGUUCAAUUCUUGGGUUUUUUUUUUUUUAAUAAAUAAACUAGUGUGAAAACUAGCAGUCUUUGAUGUGCACUCAAUAAACUCUCUCUACUUACAUAAAAAUUUCAUUUUUUCAA